AGACACAGACACACCCAGACAGUUGGGUAUAUCUUCAGCCAGCUAUAGUGUUUGUGUUGGACUCUGGACCAGCUGCAGAUUGAAGUCUAAGGAGGAGCAACACGGUUUUUCAGUCCGUCAGCAUGGCACUCGUCUUCCUCCUCCUCUUCCUCCCCCUCUCUCACCACUCCAAUGCCAUGACUGGUUGCCAUAGUGACCGUGACAAAGACCACCGCCCCCGGGUCAACUGCACGGCAACCAACCUUAGUGACGUCCCCGCCAGCAUCGACACGACAACCAAGGUGCUGAUCUUCACCCAGAACCAGUUCUCCAGUCUAACCUGGUCCUCCUAUAGUCACUUCCCAGAGCUCUAUGAGAUAGAUCUGAGCCACAACGCAGUUCCAGAGGUUCCCCUGUCCCCCGGCCCGAUUCUCCCCACUCUAGGGGUUCUACGCCUGGUAGGGAACCGCAUUAGAACCCUGCCCCCUCACUCCUUCAGGGCCACGCCGGGCCUGCUAGAACUCUAUCUGGACCAGAACAUUCUGGAGACACUAGACGACCUGUCCUUCUCUGGGCUCAGGCUGCUACAGAUCCUGGAACUUUCUCAGAACCGUAUCUCUGUUCUGCCCCCUCUGAUGUUUCACUCCCUCCCGGCCAUCGAAACCUUGGUUCUAGAGCAGAACCACAUCAGAACCAUGCCUGACCAGUGGUUCUCUGCCAAACCUGAAGUUCCCUACACCUACCUGUCGCAGAACCCCUGGGCCUGCUUCUGUAAGGUGGGUUACCUGAAGAAACACCUGGAUGAUCAGGGCUUCAACGUGUACACGAGGGAUGGAAUAAUCAUCACUCCGGACGAAGAGAGUGUUACCUGUGCCACACCUCCCUCCCUGGCCGGCCGACCAAUCGUGGGGCUGGAGGAUGAGGAGUACUGCUCACCUGGUGCCAAACCUGAUGGCCCCCCUGGAGACUCUGAACCUCAACCUACCCCUACACUACCCCCCACCACCACUAUGCCACCAACCACAGGAGCCACAACCACAGUUCCUACUACCUUCCCCACCACUACUACUCCUGCUACCACUACUACUGUGGUACCCACUACUCCUGCUACCACUACUGCUACUGUGGUACCCACUACUCCUGCUACCACUACUACUCCUACUACCACUACUACUCCUACUACCACUACUACUGCUACUACUACUGUGGUACCCACUACUACCACCACAGCUACCCUGAAACCCACCACCCCUCCUCUACACCCUACCGACCCCACCCACCUGCCCCUCCUGCUGAAUGAGUCAGUCACAUGGUCUUGGUGGGAGAUAGUGACCAUCCUGGUGGAGUGGGAGGAGAGCAGGGCGGGGACAGAGGAGGGGAGGGUCAGGGGAGGGAACAGCUGGGAGCAUCAUGGUCUCUAUAGAGGAUCUUCCAGACUCUCACCACACCCCACCAUGACCACAACCGUCACACCUAGAGCCCCAUCUCAACCACCUAGGACCCCAACUCAACCACCUAGGACCCCACCUAGGACCCCAACUCAACCACCUAGAACCCCAACUCAACCCCCUAGAACCCCAACUAAACCACCUAGGACCCCAACUCAACCCCCACUACCUAGAACCCAGACCCUGACCGCCCCAGUGACCACAGUCAGACAGGUUGGAGGUUCAGAUCCCUGGGGGGAUCAGCUGGGACGGGGGGGUGGUAGUGCGGCAGGAGGCAGAGCUGUGUUCUGCUGGUGGCUGUUUGCAGGGUGUGUUUUGUUGUGUGUUCUGUCUGGGGGGUGGGUGUGUGUGAGCGGCCUAUGGCUAUGGAGGAUGUAUAGGACUGUCUAUAGGCCUCUACUGAACAGGGGGAGGGGGGCCCCUGUGUUGAGGAUCAACGUGUCAGAUGUGUUGUUACCUACCCUUACCACCUGGAUGCGGCCCGCCAGGAAGUCCAGGAUCCAGUUGCAGAGGGAGGUGUUGAGUCUCAGGAUCAUUAGCUUAAUGAUGAGCUUUGAGGUCACUAUGGGGUUGAACUCUCAGCUGUAG